AGCGCGCAGUUCAAUACUUCAAUAUACCUUUCUUUUUUUGUUGAGCUUCUUGUUCUCCUCUUCGGCUUCAACACAGCUCUCAUAUGAUCAAGAACUGUAAGGUUCCACCGAGCUCGAUGAGCUUGGGGAAGGCUCGCCGCAGGACAUUCGAGGUCUUCCGUACAUGCAACCUUCACUCUCCCGGUGCAUCUGAAUUCCGCCGGAAUGCCCACCUCACUAACCCUAAGGAACCAUGGCACAACAAAGUGGAGAAAGUUGCUUUGAAUGGUUCUUAUGCAAACAUUGCUUCAUCGAUAGAGGACUUGAGUAUAAAAGGAUUACCUCUAGUAGCCGAAAGGCUUGUACUUGGUAUGAAAUCUGAAGGCUUUCUACUUGACAUUUCUACCCUAUCUGCUCUGAUGUUAUGCUAUGCCAAUAACGGUUUACUCAGUAAAGCACAGGCAGUUUGGGAUGAAAUACUAAACAGUUCUUUUGUGCUGGAUGUUCGAGUAGUUGCGAAACUAAUUGAUAUCUAUGGGUGCAUGGGAUAUUUUGAUAUGGUUGUCAAAAUUCUUCAUCAAGUACAGAUGAAAGACUCUAGCAUGGUUCCACGUGUUUAUGCACUGGCUAUAUCUUGUUUUGGAAAGAGAGGGCAACUUCAAUUGAUGGAAAUUACGUUAAAGGAAAUGGUUUCCAUGGGCUUCCCUGUAGAUUCUGCCACUGGAAAUGCUUACGUGAUAUAUUACAGCCGUUUUGGUUCACUUUCUGAAAUGGAACGGGCUUACAUGCGUCUUAAGAGGUCAAGGAUUCUCGUAGAGGAAGAAGCAAUUAGGUCGAUCUCUACUGCUUAUAUCAAAGAGGAGAAGUUCUACUAUUUGGGUCAGUUCCUCAGGGACGUAGGCCUUGGUAGGAAGAACGUUGGAAACCUGCUUUGGAAUCUUUUGCUACUAUCAUAUGCCGCGAAAUUCAAAAUGAAAAGCUUGCAGAGAGAAUUUGUCAGAAUGGUAGAAUAUGGAUUCCGUCCCGAUCUUACCACGUUCAACAUUCGUGCAAUGGCCUUUUCGAAAAUGUGCCUGUUCUGGGAUCUGCACGUAAGCCUCGAACACAUGAAGCAUGAAAAAGUGGUUCCUGAUCUCGUGACUUAUGGAUCUGUAGUUGACGCUUACUUGGACAGAAGACUAGGAAGGAACCUGGAUUUUGCUUUAAACAAAAUGAAUGUAAACGAUCGUGUUGCCAUGUUAACAGAUCCACUCAUUUUCGAGGCUAUGGGGAAAGGGGAUUUCCACUUGAGUUCAGACGCCUUCUUGGAGUUCAGUAGGAAACAAAGUUGGACCUAUAAAGAGCUUAUAAGAACCUAUCUCAAGAAAAAGUUCCGUAGCAAUCAAAUAUUUUGGAAUUACUGACAAUCCAGCUUCCAUCCACUUGUUUAUAUAUGCCUAAACUACUAAUCUUUCGACCUAACAGUUUGUGACAGUUGGUUAGUCGGCUGCUAAUGUAACUGGAAACUCUCCGGGUGUUAAAAAGCUCCGGAUUAGACCUUCUCCGGCAUAAGAGAAACUCUACGAGCGUGACUUGAACUGAAUCUGAAUUAACGAGCUUGACAUGAACUGAAUCUGUAUUAGUUUCGCAGCGAUAUGAUACCAAAAAACACUAUAAUCUUUUGGUAGGAGUCACAUGUUGUGUUUGUAUAUCCAUUGGAGUGACAUAAAUUUGUGACCUAUUACAUUUUAGAAAAUAGGUUUGUAAAAUACAAAUUUAUUAUAAAUUCAA